GCAGCAGCGGCAGCACCAAGAGUCGUUCGAGUUCGGGUUUAAGUUUGUUUACUCAGCUUAUCUUGAUGUCGUCACACAUGGCGAUAGGCCAAGUCUGGACUUUUUUCUACAGUAAACAGAGAAGAACUUACCACCUCCUGUAGUCGAAUGCAAACAAAAACGGUUCAUCACUCGGUGUCAGCUCGGGUUGACCCCAGCAGAAGUGCCCAGGAAGUCACCAAUCGUAGUCAUUCGUAGCCGGCAACAAACAACGACAAAGCUAGAAGCACAGCGUUCGUGGCCUGAUGAAAAGAACUCAUUAGAAUUUCAAUUUAAACUCUUUUGAACUCGACGACCACCAGCAAGCAACGGCGAGUGAAAAGAACAAGAAAACGAAUGAAUAUUACAAUAUACAAAAUCGGAGCAAGAAGACGACAACGGCGAGUGUGUGUUUAUGCAUAAUAGUACUCUUUUUCUCUGGAUUUGCUUGAUCGCUCGAUACGCUCAAACGUGAACAAAAAGUAUAACACAUAUCUGGAGAUAUGGACGGGUCAAACAUCUAGAGGCCAAAUGUAGAGCAGACUAAGGACUCGACCAGUCCGUCAGUCGGUGGUUCGCAGCUGGAUGAAAAUGUAGUGUAAUGUAGUGACAAAGUGAUUUAACGCUAUCUGGUGGUGGUUUACUAACACGAAACUUUUUCCACUAACAAAAAAAAAUCGGAUUAAAGCAUGCCAUAGCUGCAGAAAAUCUUCGUUCGAUACAGUCAACCAAAGAAUUUGGGGUGCCAUAAGUGAUAAUCUAGUUAAACCUAAGUAGGCUCUCGCGUAGUAGUUGAAAAAAACGUGCAUUUAUAACAACUUUUUGCAAACAAAACAAAAAAGGCGGUUUGCUCACAAUACCAAAACUAACAACCAAACUCCUCUCAAAAUGAAACGUACUCGCCAAAGUAAAUCCUCAACUGCUGCUGCUGCUCCAGUAGCAACCGUCAGAAAACCCCCGGCCAAACGAAAACCCAAAGCACCACCUUCUUCGGUAAAGAAGGAAAGCAACAACAAUAACGUACCUCUCAUGCCGGAGGAGGAGAUUCCGCGCGACGAACCCGCAAAAAUUUUCCAACUCAACGAACUCGACUCAACCAGCAACGACGAGACUCCGGCAGCCAUCUUCGAUCUCUCGGCCCUCCCGGAACAACCCAUCCUGGCCGAAGUCGAGGACCUCGAAAACGGCUACAUCAUCCUGGCUGUCGAUAAUGAUCCGAACCUUACCCUUGCUUCCGGCGGAUCCAUUUCCGAUUCAUCUUCUCCAAGCUCAACCAAACAAUCGUCCUCAUCGAAAAAGAAGGAACGCAAAAAGUACAUCUGUCAGGUGUGCGACAAACACUUUAUGGGCGCCAAUGAUUUGCGCAAGCAUUUGCGAAUUCACAACGACGAGCGGCCGUACGCAUGUCCCCAGUGUCCGAAUCGGUUUCGGCAGGCGGGCUGCCUCAAGAAUCACAUCGCCUCCCAGCAUGGGACCGAUACGCUGUAUACCUGUGAUUUGUGCGGGAAAACUUUCCCCAUCAAGGAGCGGUUGCGGUUGCAUAUGCGGGUUCACACCGGGGAGAAGCCGUACCAGUGUAGCAUGUGUCCGAAGACGUUUGCCCGAGGGGGACAGCUAACUCAACAUCUUGCCACGCACAAUGGAAUCCGGAAGCACAAAUGUGCCCACUGCUCGUCGGCGUUUUCCUGUGCCGCCAAUCUGAAGAUGCACCUCAAGAGUCACCUGGACAUCCGGGAUUACACGUGUCAUAUCUGCGGAAAAGGAUUCUACCGGCCGGAUGCGCUGAAGAAGCAUCUGCUCUGCUAUCAUGGCAAUCUGAAGGCUUUCCAUUGUAACAUAUGCAAUAAAAUGUUCAAGGGUCAUCUGCCGCAGCAUAUGAGAACUCAUAAGAUGAUUCGACCUCAUGGAUGUGCGGUUUGUGGAGCUGUUUUCUCGCAGCGAUCACAGCUCGUGGUGCAUCAGCGAAUUCAUACUGGGGAGAGACCUUAUCGGUGUCAGGUCUGCUGGCAGGCCUUCGCCCACUCCAGCGUGCUGAAGCUGCACAUCCGGAAGCACACCGGCGAGAAGCCGUUCGAGUGUCCGAUCUGCGCAAUCGGCUUUUCGCAGUUGCCACACCUCAAAAAACACAUGCUCUCUAUCCACAACCAGGACAAAUCGUACCUCUGCAAGGCGUGCAACAUCUUCUUCAAAACGAAGCUGGACCACCAGAAUCACAUGGCCAGCUGCUCACCGGACGACAACCAGCCGGCCACGGUGGAAGAGCUGAUCGAUCGGAAUGUUAAGGCGGCCAACAGUGGAGUGGAACCUCCGAUGCCAUUGUCCCAUAUGAGAUUCCUUGUUGCCAUUUUGCUGAAGAAAAUUUCCACCGAUCAGCGGUUGAAGGAUUUGGGUUUCGACAAACGGUUGAUCGAUAAUGUGCUCGUCGAUUCGUUGAAAUGCGCAGGACGCUCAGUGUGUGACGACAAAACGAUCGAGCCGGCCGCCCGGCUGAAACAGAAUGUCCAGGAGCUGCUGGAAUGGACUGUCCCGGCACAGUACAUGGAGGAGUUUAAGAAAGCUAAUCGAAGCACUGAGGAACUGCUGGAGGAUUUGACUAACUAGAAAAUCGUCGUCUGUGGAAACGGACCGUCACGAAUAGCACACUUCUAAUAGCAUUUAGGAUUAGAAAAAUUGAUUUAAGUUUAUCACAGUCAAACUUGUUGAUAAUUCGUUGCCAUGGAACACCUUUUCGACGUUUCCGGUCACUUGAAUUCAUGUUAUUUUUUUUUUGAAGGAUUUAUUAUUUUUAAGUUUAGUUUAAUUUAAGUUUACUUUUUUCAACCAAAUCGAUGCAGGGAUCCGACAAAAAAAAGUUGCAUUUCCUUUGUUCAUAAUUUGCCAUAAUAUUAAGCCAAAUUUGUCGGGGAAUAGUUUCUUAAAUCUUUUUCAUUUCAAUAAUUUCAUUGCUCCUUCUGGAAGUUUAUUCCCGAAACUUCCUCUCUAAUAAACAGAAUAAAACAAGUGCAAAUCUAGUCAUGCGAUUGCCAUUUUUCGUUAACCCAUCAAACCUAUAUCAUUUUUGACCCGAAUGACAAUUGUUAAAGGGUCUUUAAUAAAUAUUAAUAAUAAUAAUCAAACCUAUAAUACCCCUAGAUGUAGACUAACCUCCCUUAGAACAAAGAAUACUUUAUACAUAUUCUUGAUUCUUUUUCUACAAACAAGAAAAAACGAAAGCUCGAACCAAAAAUUAACCAUUUUUGCUAAUCAUAGUCGUGAAACAGAACCAAAAUACUGCAAUUUGGUAACUAAAUGUACAACAACGCGAACUGUAGAAUGAAGAAGCAAAAUUGGGCGCACCAAUUCCUAAAUCACAACCAAAAAGAAAAUGCCAGUGUGAGUGUAGCGUUUAAGUGUAGAAGUUUUCUAGUUUAGAAACUCGGAUGUUGUUAGUAAGUUAAUGUCUUUCUAGGCGUGUAGGCUUCACUGUAGUGUGUAUUAUUUACCUAUUACUACUAAUAGAUCAAUGUAAAGUUCAAAACGAAUGUCAUCGUAAUAUUAAUC